GUGCCGGAUGAAAACCUUGCGAUAUUUAUUUACCUCUCUACGAAGCCAUUCCGUCCAACGGCGCACAGCAUGCAAGCAGCGUCUCCAGAGGAGAGAAAGAUACGAUUGAGAAAGUCAGGCGAGAGCGAACGUGACCGUCGUGGUGAAGGUAGAGGAUGGCGGCAGAGGCACAGUGCGAGCGGUGGAGGAUGAGCGGCACGCGCGUCUGGGCGGCACCCGCCACCGGCAGCCUCUACGUCCGACGACAAAACUCGAAGCUACCAUUGGCCGCGACGACGAGCGACAGCGUGUAUAUAUGCUUUCGGUGUUCACUGCUACUGCACCCAAUCGUCGACGUUAUAUUCCUCAGAACACCCAUGGCUCAAGCCAGCAUAACCCGCGCUGCGGCCGCAACAGCCUCCGCCGUUUACGGGAACAGCCCACCGUAUAUCGACGUCGACAACACGGACACACCCGUCCUCGUUCUCCGAGAUCAAUCAUCAAACAGCGUCGAUGUCGGGUUUCUGUCGAGCCUCACACUGCGUGCCGGAGCAGCAGCGUCCUCGCUGGCUUGUGGCAGCAUCCUCGCGGGACAGAACAGCGAAAGCGACGAGUACGGCGACGUUGCGUUCUGGCUCGGGCGAGGCGACUUUGGGACGGGGCACGAACCCGACAUAAUCGAUGCGUUAGGGCUAAAGACCCGGAUGACGCCAGAGUCGAAGGUUCGGCAUGUCGAUCUCUCCCCACACACGCACCUUCCGGGGUCGCUUUUGCCGCUCCACGCGAAGCCGACGCGAGAGGUCGCGAGCCUAACGGAGGCCUUAGAUCAGCUGCAAGGGCGGCACUGCCUCAUGAUCGAAGGGAUCGCGGCGGACAACUCGACGGUUCUGUACAUUCUCCUCGGCCAACUCGCUGCCCCGGAGGGUAGCUCGCCUGGACCAUGGGUAGGUUUGAUAGGGGUCGCGAUCUGGUCUUGAACUAUCAGCUGCCCCGGAAAGCUCAACCAGGUGUGUACAGGGUGUGUAUGGGGCGCGCGUC